CUCUUGCUUCGUGUUUAAUUGCUUUUUCGUCAAGGAAUUGGUCUUUGUGUUCAGUAUGGCGACCUUCUUUCAGAGCGUUCGUCAAGGGUUCGGCCGCGGGGGAAACAACAAGAACCAACCUCCCAAGAGCCCGGCACAAACUCCCCAAGCUCCUCAGCCUGGCGCCAUUCCCAACUCUCAGUCGCUCACUAACAGUCUCACGAUGGACAACCUCGCCGCGAAUGACCCCGAUGCCCCCAAGUACUUCUUCCAGGAGAAGUACGCUCCGCUGAACGUGAGGGGCAACUUCUUGACCCUGUGUGCUUGUCCCAAGAAUGUCGAACUUGGCGAGUGGCUGGCUCAUCAGAUCGUUGAACAAUAUCGCCUGCUCCACGGCAUGCUCCAGGUCAUCCAGGAAACGAACAGCAUCACCGGUCUCCCCAUUUGCAAUGAAAGCACAUGCCCGACUAUGUCGGCUGGUCGUUUGACCUACACUUGGCUGGUGGACGGCCGCGCAGCCAAGAUUUCCGCUCCGAAGUUCAUCAACCGCGUCGAGAAGUGGAUUGUCAGCAAGAUCCAUGACCCAGUCAUGUUCCCCACCGAGAAGGUGAACGGCACCCCUGAGACUGCCUCCAUGAGAGAUGCCAACGGCGCCACUGCGCCCUCUGCCACUUCCACGGAUCCCGCCAGCCCAGCGGCCACGAGUGGCGCAUCUGCCGACGAGUGGGUUGGCCAGUCCAGCGGCUUCCCUCAGACAUUCUACAAGGACUGCCAGGGUAUCAUGAAGCAGAUGUUCCGUUGCUAUGCCCACCUGUACCACGCACACUGGCUGAACCCAUUCUGGCACCUCAACAAGCACGACAUCCUGAACAUGUGCUUCGUGCACUUUGUCACCGUCGCCAAGUACUACCAGCUCGUCUCGGACAAGGAGAUGGAGCCAAUGCAGCCAUUGAUCGACCUGUUCAUUAAGCAGCAGCGGGUGCCCCCAGAGGCCCUGAACGGUGGCCACUGGGCUCAGCAGCCAGCAGCCAACUAAGCCGGCGACAUGAUCAUACCGAAACGAAACACUCCGCAGGUCCAGGAGUACAGCGACUCUCUUUUCUUUCUACACGUGACGACACAUGACAUGUUUUUCAACCGGGCGUUGGGCUACAGCAGCUGUCUUAUGUUCGUGUUUUUGCUUUCUACUGAUGCCCGGAAGAUGUGCCGAAUUCAAUCUGCGACUGAUUGUCGAUGAUAGAUGAUUCGACACAUUUCCAGGGCUUUGAGCAUUUAGCAUGGGGUGUGAAUAUUCUUUUUUUUAUCUUGUUAUCUGCCAUGAUUCUUGCAUAUCUUCCAUCAGCUAGUCAUAGGGACAUAUCCUCGCAAUGGAACCGUAUCCUUCUGGGUGCAUAUUAGAUGUUUCUGGGUAGCACAAUGGGAUAGAGUGUGUCCAAUGGGGAAUAAAGGGUGAUAAUUGUCCAUCCUUUGGAAACCAGACACGGAAUUUCUUGCUCUAGCUUCCAGAGCUGACAGUAUUGAUAAGUUCCUGUGACAAGCGCUCUCCGAUACUCUGAAGUAUAUCAAAUUCUCAGAGGACUUAGGUCUCGAGGACACCCUACAACUGCUACGUGAUGCCGCCUGCGAUUGCAUGCUCCCUCCGGACUCGUCGGCAGUCACCAUACGGGGCGAACGGAGUACCACCGACAACAAACCAAGAAUUACCGUUGAAGCCUGGGACAACUUGUAGCAGUAUUUUCCUGCUAAUUUAUAAUGGAC